GAGCCGACACAAAGAGGCGGUCGGUCGAGCGAGCGAGCGGGCGGCAGUACGUCGAGCCGAACGAAUUACUUUCAACCGUACGGCAAUAUGGUGGGAGAAGGCGCGCUGGUCGUUCGCGUGCUGGAGCACGCUGUACGAGCGGCGCGCGAUUCCGUAAUAUUUAUUUUCCACUCACGACUAGUGAGUCACUACCUGGCCGACCGUGGCACAGCGAACAGGUAGAUCCGUGAGUCUGUCUGCUGUGCGACUGAAUUCACAAUCGCUCCCGCGGCAUCCCCGCGUUCGCGCGUGCUUCUCAGUGAUAUCUCGCGGCAGUGAAGUGCGUGCAGAAACGAUUGGUCGUUCAUUGGGCGCACGAAUGGGAUACGCGCCGACAGGAUCUGCAAUUUGUGUAUAACGCUGACACCAUAAAGGAUACCUCGCCUCGUUAUUUCGAAGUGAACAGUGCAGUGCUUGAGAGAGCACCAUCGAUCCUUUUUGCGGUCGUUCCUCCGCUGAAGUGAACGCAGUCGUUAUUUAUGCGAGCAAACUAUCUGUGCAUUGCUGGACUAUCGUUACGUCGUAAUUCACAUGGUCCAUUCCCGGCUUGGCGGCGCGGUUUAGCCUCGAGAAUCAUCGAUCUUCAAGUGCGCCGUAAUCUCUCCUUCCUUCCUAAUCAAUGGCACCCGAUAGCCAGGCGCUACCUACGCACGACCGUUCUACGACGAAGGAGAGCCGAGAGUGACGACGUCACUCACGUUAUCAUACCGUUGUCCGUGUCGAAUGCGUCUGACGUGUGCCGUUGUGUGUUAACCGAGACCGCGUGUACCUUUUCUCCGUUAUAUCGGUUGUGAUCCACGAGUUUGAUCUGUAUCCGAGUUCGCGUCCGGUUCAGAACGUGACGUGGUCCUCUGUCGAGGAGGACCGGCGACAAUGUUGCCGAAGAAGGACAAUCAAAUGGAGCCUUACGCUCUGGAGGACAUGAUAUCGGAUCUGCAAGCGAGGAGGCACUCGAUAGAUCAUGAGGACGCUGUGCAGGACCCCGCCGAAUUACUGAAGCAACGCGAGAGGGAUCUCGUGCUGGCUGCUGAACUCGGCAAGGCCCUGCUCGAGAGGAAUCAAGAGCUGACGAAGCAGUCCGAGACCUUAGCCGAGGAGUACUCCGCCAAGUUGGAGAACUUGGAACAAGAAAGGCACCUACUGCGAAGGAGACUCGAGGAAGCCAGGGAUGAGAGCGAAGCGCGGGCUCUGGAGCUUCAAGCUGACGUGGAGACGCUGAGGAGUCAGUUGGAGGAGCAAAAUGAGAGGGCGAGGAGAGCGGAACGCGACCAGGCCGCCCUGGUUGCGGAACUGACGGCGCAGAACACAAGGCUGGCCGAUCAACUGAGGGAGGCUGCCAAACAGGAAGAGCAAUUGCUCGUCGAAGUAAAGGUGCUGAGGGAAAAAUGUGCCCUGAGAAACACCACGUUGCAAGAUCAUGUGAGCAGUCUCGAAAUCCUCCGGGAUGAGGUACAACUGGUCUCGGCACAAAGGACCGAGCUAGAGAGGCGGUCCUUGGAGCUCCGGGAGGAGAGGGCCAGGGCGAUCGCGGCCCUCGAGGAAGCCGAGGAGAGAGCCGCGGCCUUGGAGCGGCUCAGCCACGAAGCGGAACACCGCGCGAGAGUGGCCGAGCAGGAGAGGGACGAGCUGACGUCGUCAUUGGCGGCCAUCGAGGCGGAAAGGAGGGCUAGGUCCGGCUCGAUACAGAAGCCACCGCGGUCCCUGCAGGCGGAGAUGGAGUGCGAAGAAAGCGGAAGUUCGUUGGGAGAACAGGAGGACGGUUUACGGACGGAAGUGGCGAGGGCGACGAAGCGACUGAGGGAGCUGUGCGCUCAUCUGAGACGCGGCGAAGAUGACUCCGGUCUGCAGAGCGACUGCGACGAGUCCAUGCUCGUGAUCGUCAACAACUCCGAGGCGGAUGUCGGCAGCAAUGAGCGGGAGGCUCACCCCUCACCGACGAAUUAUCCGGGUGCAUUAUUGGAGUUAGUCGAGGAGGUCUAUAACCUCGCUCUGUCGGGCAGGGGAGCCCCUGGCGAACUAGGACUCGCGGUAGAGCUGCACAGGGUGCGGGAGGAACUCGAGCACUCGAGGGAACAGUCCAAACAGAUGCAAGAGGAGCUGAAGCGACGUGCGGACGCUUUGCUCGAGGUGACGAGUAAGCUAAGCGUCCGUGAAGCGGAGCUGCGCGGCGUCAAGGAGGAGCGCGACCGUGCCAGAGGUGAUAUGGAACACUCCGAACUAACGAAGGACGAGAUUGUGGCAAAGGCGUACAAAGUGCGAGACCAGGCAGUAGCCAGGCAGAACCGAGUUGAGGUAGAGUUGGCCAGGACGCGGAUAGAUAUUCUGCAAGCGGACAGUCAGUUGAAGGAAGCUAUCAAGCAGAAGGUUGAGUUGAGUCAACAGCUGGAGCAGUGGCAAAUGGACAUGCAUGCGUUGUUGGACGAGCACGUGCGCAGCAAACUGACUCCGACUGCGCAUGACAUCGCCAUGAAGAACGGUGAUAACUCGGACGUGUCCGCGCCGGCCAGGAAGAAGAGGAGCACUGGUUCGACGAAGAAGAUGUUCGGGCUCUUUUGACGAAAGUGACGUAGCGCAAUAGCAGCGUUACGAUGAAUUAACUAUACUUACGAACGCGAUCGACUGACGACGAUAGACCGUACCUGUGGUUCCUGCGUGGCUGUCUCAUACAAAGAGUGCAAGUUCAUACGAAGAGAUGGGCAGAAGAUAAAGAGAAGAUAAGUGUGAGUUAUGUGAUAGUGUACUUGCGUUUUCUUUUCACGAAAGUUUAACACAGCCAUAGUAUUACUUGGUCUACGUUCUAUCGCAAGUAGGGACAGCGUCCCAGAUAUUUUUGGCCGUUGCUGUCGGUCACGAAGAAACGUCGAAUUUGGACUAAUUUUAAAUUAGCAAUUUCGUUUUUAAGAGAGCUACGAUUGAUGAUGAUUUAAGCCAGGUUGUCGCUGAAUUCGUGUAAAUUUUGAAAUUUGUCCUGAACGCUGGGACACAUCGAUGCGUAAUAGUAAAAGACUUAGCGAACCGUAUUUUCGGUCGUGCUUUUGUAACGCGUGGAGCGACGAAUGUGAUCGCUCACGACAGACGUAUUGUUCUUAAUGAUGAGAGCCUAAUACUAAUGCUCUUGUCGAGACGGACUACUAAUUCGAAUUUAAGUGGCGCGUCUACUGCCGCAAAAACAUGCGGAACGUCCGACUUUCUACGAUUCCUCGAGUAGCGAAAGUCGUAGACGGUUCUUGCGAAGCGUUCUCGCGCGCCUCGACAUGCGCUUAAUCGUUGCGAACGUACUUUUCGCCUUCAUCUCGUACCUAUCAGCCGCGUUUUUACCCGUCACUUUUUGAUCAUGUCGAUUGAUCGACGCAAUCCGGCUGUCAUUAUUGUUUAUUUAAAUUCAUAAGCUUUUUGUGUGAGAAUUAUCGACGACGUAUAUAAUAAUGUUAUGUCAACCGAACCACCAACAGAAUGAACCGAAAUCAACAGAAUGAAAUCAACGCAAUCUUACCUUAUCUAUAAAGAAAAGUAUCGUCUGUGUUCCUUUAAAGGAACAUCAGAAGGUUCCAUUCUGAAAUUUGACCAGAACAUUUUUAGCUCGAAAGGUUUUAAUAUACAUAUUAUUUAUGUUUUUAAACUGUGGAAAUUUGUUGCGAUUUCCUAAUUUUUUUCUUAUUGACACUCGAUGCAGGUUUGAUUGGUAACGAGUCUUACUUCAGUAGAGAAAUAUUGGCCGCGCGAAAGGUGACGAAAGAGUGCAAAGGGUUAAUGUUCCCAUUAGUUUCCCGAAAGCAGUCUUGGCAAGGCGCAAUAACUAGGAUUGGCAAAGCGCGCACGUUUUUUUCCUUCUCGCACAAAAAUGUGGCGUCAUUCUUAUCAACGUGGAACCAAUCGUUUUCCAUGGUAAGAACGAUCUCUAAGUGGGAACCUUUUAUCUCGAAACGUGCUCGCGACCAGCUGAUCAAAUAAUGGACUGAAAACGAAGUUGCUUGAGCUCUUCGUUUCGUUCCUCUCGCGCCGAGGGAACGUCGAAUUACUGUUGAUACGAAACAUUGUGAUACGCUGUGUCUUACGUUAGAAUCGAGAAAGAAUGUCGUACGCGGUUUUUUACACGUUAUGCGAGCGCAUUGUUGUGACCUCUGUGACAUUAGUGAUUAUUUUGGUAGGAAAUUUUUUAAAAUCUUGUCAACGGCUAAAUUGAUAUACACGAGAGUAAUUAAUAAAUCGUAGUUACGAAACGUUUCUACGAGAUGAGAAAUUUGUUCUCACGCGGUUUUGAGUGAUAGUUGGCAUUUAUAUUGCGUAUCCAUGUUACGCGUAUGGAUCAAUGUUACUUAAACACAAGCUCGGAUGACUUUCUGCGUCGAAUUAAUCGGCCACGCUAUCCGUCCAUCGUUCUGUUCGUCAGGAUCGACGAAUUAUCUGCGAUACGUCGAAACAAAGAAAAAUAAAGUUUAAUCGAUAAGCGUAUUUAUUGAGAUGAAAGUCAAACAUCCAGCCGUGAAUUCCGGUCUUUUAACGCAACAAUAGUGCAAUAUCACUAGAGUGUUUUUGCGCGGCAAUACUAAUCGAACGGCGACUGCAACGAUGCUCCUUAAGAAUUCUAGCCUAAGGACUUUAUGCUUUCUUGCGAGAAAUCGAUCGAGAAAAAGUAAUGACGCGCUACCUUCGUGUGACUUUUCACGUGUACAUAGGGGUGUGUGAACACGUAUGACGUUGCGUGUGUCGCACGAUAGGAUCGUUUGUACUUAGUACCUUUACCCUUCGGAGUGCGUGUGUGAUCGAGACUGUAUGACAAUUGCGUGACUCUUGAUCUGAUUGAUUAUAUGACGACAAUAUUUAUUUAAUAAAAGUCCAUUUUGCGAA